GUAGUGCAAAAACACUGUGAUUUAAGUGCUCAUUAGACUGUGAAAUGUAGCUUCCACCCGUUAGCACUGGCAGCCCUAAAAAUUAGCACUCUGGUAGGUUGUCGAGGGAGAAAAUAAUUUCCAUGUUGGACAAAACAUUGGAUGCAUCAUUUUUCCGCUGACCUGAAUGACACCGGAAUAAAUGUCUUCUCCAACUGAAGCAGACGAGGAUGAAGAAGUGGAGUUUGUAUCAGAGGGGCCUGGCAGACCAGUAUUGGAAUGUAUUGACCUGGGUGAGGAUGAGGAUGAGGAUGAGGAUGAGGAUGAGGAUGAGGAUGAGGUAUGUCCAUCAUUUGCAAGCACAAUUGAAGAUAAAAUCUCCCGCAAUAAAGCUCGUGUUUCAUCAACAUUGGACAGACUAGCACAGACGGUGGCUCUAGAGAAGCAGGAAAGAAUAGAUAAAUGUCGGGCAUUCAAGGAGAAGCAAAUCCUACAAAGAGCUCAUGGACGGCAGGAGCUGGCUUUUACUUCUUCAAAUGGCUUCAAUCGGGAUGCAAAGAACUGUGUGGACAUGUGGUUAAAGAGAGCAGGUCCUAAACCUGGAGUGAUUCAUUCUGGAUUUGGAGGGCGAAACAGACGUGUUGCUAUUCCUGGAAAUAGUUCCAAUAGACAGACUUGUCCAGUGGUCAACUGUGGCCGAGUUUAUGACACUCUGUCCCUUCUUGACGGUCACCUAAAAAGGUUUGAUCACUCCCCUUGUGACCCAACAAUUCAUAUUAAAGGAUGGCCAUCUGAGCUCUUUGCCUGUAUAGCCUGCUCUCAACAUUUUGAGACUGAAGAAGCAUGGAGAACACAUCUCAUGUCCAAGGUGUCCUCAUUUGCCGCUGACGGUCACAGCAUCACUCAGACCUUUCAGAGCAUUGUGUGUUUCGCCUGUCCGGCCUGCUUCCACCUGUUCAACCUCCGAGAUGAGUGCCUGCAGCACAUGACAACCAGAAACCACUUCACAGAGUCACUCGCCAUGAGUGAACCCAAAGGAAGAGCACAACCGAUUGCCGUCCCACAAUACGCUAAGAAUCGUCUCGUCGCGUUGUGCAAGGAUGUCCCAUUCAAAAUCCGAUGCUCUUUAUGUCACAGAGUACUGAUCUCACAUCAAGCAGCUAAGGCUCACUUUAAUGUGCAAUGCAGAGAUGGCUGCGCCGUGUCCUUGGCUGAUCAAACCAUAUUGCAGGUGAUGAAACAGCUGCAAGUGGCCGGGCAGUGUUCCCUCUGCUCUAAAAUCUUCCUCAGCCAAGCGGAAAUCAAGAAACACAAAGAAUCGACCCAGCAUGACGUGGAGGUGAACAACACCAUGGCCCAAGCCCUCCUUCAGUACUGCAGGUUUAGGGAAAUUCAACACACCCAGAGCGCUGGAGAGGCACAGGGCAGAAGACAGCCCACUGGCCUUGAGUCACCUUCUCAAAAAAGAACCAAGAAGAGGAAUGAUUGUGAUGAACUUCCAGCCAAGCGUAAGAGAGGCAGCGCUGUUAGAAACUAUGUAACAGCCUGGAUCUGCGAGUGCAGCAUACAGUUCUCAGAGGAGGCUACAGCCAAAAAGCAUAUAUUGGCUUCAAACCAAAUCUUCCAUCAGUGUGGCGUGUGUGGCAAACACAUGGGGGAGUCCGCCAUCACCCGCCUGCAUAUGAGUCGCUUCCACGGAGGAGCCCAUCUCUCCAACUUCCUGUAUAACUGCCGUAAGUGCAACGUGGAAAUGCCUCGGUACGAAGACAUCAUGUCUCACGUGGCCGAGGCUCACAGCGGACACACCUACUUCACUGAACGGGAAGUGCCCAAGGAGGUCCAUACCAAGCCUUCAACCAGCAGCAAAGCAGGUUCAUCGUCCGGGUCCACGGUCCAACAGAACAUAGCAGAGACGUCUUCUUCCAACGAAGGGCCGAUGUGGAUGUGCAGGAUGUGCGAGGACAGCUUUCACUCGGAAGUGGCCGCACGCCAACACUGCAGCGACUUGAGCAGCCACAGCUUCCAGAGGUUCAUCUGUGGACACUGCCCCCAGAAGUUCUUUAAGGAUUCCACUGUGCGGCGACACUGUGCCAAUGAGCACGACGGGCAGAUGGAAAGCUCCCACUUCUGCGGCCUCUGCGACAGCAUGCCGUUCGAAACAGAGGCCGAGUUCCUGGAGCACUACAAGAGUCUUCACAGUACCGACUACUACCGUAUGGAUGAGAGUGAAGCCGAUCAGCCUGCUGUUGCUGAAAGCAGCAGUCAGACUAGGUGCCCAUGCAUGGGUUCCAAUCAGAGCCAAGAGAAGAAAAAAGCGACAUUUACACAAUGCAUGAGGUAUCUGUCUUCUGAGGGAACAUGUCACUUUGUGUGUACUCUUUGUGGUGAAUAUUUGGAGACCUAUGCAAAGAUGAAGACUCACAUUCACACAAAGCACGCAGCCUUGAACCUGGAAAAGACCUACGAAGUACAAUGCGACGCUUGCCAGGAGAGUUUCACGAGUGUCCCGAGUUUCCAUAAACACUAUCACUCCCGACACUGUUCAAUGGAACCUUGCAUGAGCUCCAGGACCUGCAGGAAAAUCAUAAAAGCAGAAUCAUCCCCUGUAACAGUGCUCGAUGCCGUGGAGAUCAUAACAGACACCAAUGAGAUUGAAGAUGAAUCCGUGGUGAAGGUUUUGAGAAUGGAACCGGCCGACAGACAGAAGGAAGCAUGUGGAAGUGAUUCGGAGGAAGAGAUGAACCAUGAACCCUCUUCAAAUGCAGAAGAAGAAAGAGAGUCAGCAGAGAUGGAAGAAGCUCUCGGAAGAAGUCUUUUGGAGUUUUGAAGACAUGAUUUUUGUUUGUGACACAAUGCUUAUCUGACAUUAUAUUGCAAUGAUUUGUCCUAAGUAUUUGUGUUCAGAAUAUAAUAAAUAAAUAUAAGUUGCUAUUUGAA